AUUUUGUAUAAGCUUUAAGAACUCGCUAUGUAUACACAUAAAACAUGGUAUACACUGUGUGAUGGACAUGAUGACUUUGAAGGAAGAGGUGGCGGCUAAAGUAGUGGCGAUAGGGACGCUUUUUGUUACCCGCUUUCAAACCCAACUUUUUUAACGUUCUUCCACAGUGUCUCAUGUGAUUAAUUAAUUGACGGUCAUUGGUCGCAGAAGUGUUUUACGGGCCGAAGUUGAAAGGUCAUGGGUCAAAGUAGGAAGUGGUUAUAACUCAGGAAACUGCUCUUCUUAUCAGCCUUAUGGUGGCUGUUGGAGUAAAAACUUCAGCUGAGUUUAUGUAUUAUUGGAAUAGUGGCAGCCAUUUUUCUUCAUUGCAUUUCUCCAUAGAGAGUACUAGCACUCUCCGAGAUAUAUAAGACCUUUGUGUGUCCUAUUCUUUUCAUUUAAAAUUAACUUAGUAAAAGGUAGGUGUAAUUACACAGUGUUACAACGGUUCUUUGAAACAAAUUACGUUGGCUUGGAAAGAAACAUUAAAUGAAAACAGUCAGCAAGUUAGAACACUUUGAAGGAAACUAUUUAAAAAUAGUCAACAAGUUAGAACACUUUGAAGGAAACUAUUUGAAAACAGUCAGCAUGUUAGAACACUUUGAAGGAAACUAUUUGAAAACAGUCAGCAAGGUAUUACACGUUGAAGGAAACGAUUUGAAAACAGUCAGCAUGUUAGAACACUUUGAAGGAAACUAUUUGAAAACAGUCAGCAUGUUAGAACACUUUGAAGGAAACUAUUUGAAAACAGUCAGCAAGAUAGAACACUUUGAAGGAAACUAUUUGAAAACAGCCAUCAAGAUAGAACACUUUGAAGGAAACUAUUUGAAAACAGUCAGCAUGUUAGAACACUUUGAAGGAAACUAUUUGAAAACAGUCAGCAAGGUAGAACACUUUGAAGGAAACGAUUUGAAAACAGUCAGCAUGUUAGAACACUUUGAAGGAAACUAUUUGAAAACAGUCAGCAAGAUAGAACACUUUGAAGGAAACUAUUUGAAAACAGUCAGCAAGGUAGAACACUUUGAAGGAAACUAUUUGAAAACAGUCAGCAAGGUAGAACACUUUGAAGGAAACUAUUUGAAAACAGUCAGCAAGGUAGAACACUUUGAAGGAAACUAUUUGAAAACAAUCAGCAUGUUAGAACACUUUGAAGGAAACUAUUUGAAAACAGUCAGCAAGGUAGAACACUUUGAAGGAAACUAUUUGAAAACAGUCAGCAAGGUAGAACACUUUGAAGGAAACUAUUUGAAAACAGUCAGCAAGGUAUUACACGUUGAAGGAAACGAUUUAAAAUACAGAGUAGGAUUUCAGUUUUUCAUAACUUACAAAGUGAUGAUCUCCAUCCACUGUGGGUUUAAGGAGGAUUUAACGGUCCUCGUUUUCUUCUUUAAGCAGUCCCCACUCUCUGGAAUCAGCUUAACUUUCACGUACGGAUCUGAGAGUCCGUUAGGAUCCAUUGGAAUCAAAUUCUGA